GAUCCGGGUCAUCAACGCCUAGAUUACGAGCGUGUGAGCACGCGACAUCGCUACAAGCUUUACGUCGCGAUCGCGCAAAUUUAAAUGGGAAAAGAGGGAGCAAAUAUGCCACUCGGACUGAGCUACGCAAGUGAUUCCUCUGGAGGAGCGCCAAAAGCAUCCCUGUAGUAUAUAUACCUAUCGUGUUUCUUGGAAGACUUGAGCGAUACAAGUUGCCUGGCUCAAGAUCGCCAAGAAAGAUUUGCUUUUCCCUCUCUCUGACACCACCGCUGGUGAAUCGUCUUCAACCUCGGUCUUCUUCUUCCAUGGCGCAGCUUUUGUGGUCGGCGCUCGGGCUUCUUCUUCUUGCCAGCUCGGUGGCAGACGCGGCGACCGCCAACUACACGUUCACGGUACAGAGCAUGAGAAUCAAUCAGCUGUGCAACAGCACUGACAUCAUCGCGGUGAACGGCCAGCUGCCAGGCCCGACGAUAGACGUGUUCGAGGGCGACGAGGUGGUCGUCGAUGUCAUCAACGCGUCGCCGUACAACUUAACCAUCCACUGGCAUGGCGUGCUGCAGAAGCUGACGCCAUGGGCGGACGGGCCGAGCAUGGUGACGCAGUGCCCGAUCCAGCCCAACAGCUCCUACACGUACCGGUUCAACGUGACGGGGCACGAGGGCACGCUGUGGUGGCACGCGCACUCCUCCUUCCUCCGCGCCACCGUGUACGGGCCCCUCAUCAUCCGCCCCCGGAACGGCACCGCCUACCCCUUCCCGGCGCCGGACCAAGAGCUCCCCGUCGUACUUGGCGAGUGGUGGAGCCAGAAUGUCGUCGACGUCGAGAAGGACGCGCUCAUGGCCGGCCAGCUGCCUUCCCGCUCCGACGCCUUCACCGUUAACGGCCUCACCGGCCAGCUCUACCAGUGCGCAAACGAGACGUUCACGGCGGUGGUGCAGCCGAACACGACGGUGCUGCUCCGGGUGAUCAACGCCGCGCUCAACACGCACCUCUUCUUCAAGGUGGCCGGGCACAACUUCACGGUGGUGGCCGUGGACGCGUGCUACACCGCCAACUACACCACGGACACGCUGGUGCUGGCGCCGGGGAACACCGUGGACGCGCUCGUCUACACGGGCGCCACGCCGGGGAGCUACUACAUGGCGGUGGAGCCGCACCACACGCUGUCGCCCGCGGCCACCGAGGACACCUCCGACGGCGGCGCCACCGCCACGGGCAUCCUGCUCUACAACGGCACGUCGGCCACGGCGACGCCCGCCAUGCCCGCCAUGCCCAACAACUCGGACUCGACGACGGCCAGCGACUUCUACUCCGGGCUGCGGGGCGUGCCCGCGGCCGUGCCGUCGCCGGUGGACGUGAACAUGACCGUCCAGCUGGGGCUCGGCCAGCUGCCGUGUGACGCGGCCCAGACCAACUGCUCCGUGAACGCCUUCGCGGCGGCCAUGAACGGGGUCUCGUUCCGCCUGCCCACCCAGAUGUCGCUCCUGGAGGCGCAGUUCAGCGGCGCGCCCGGCGUGUACACGGCCGACUUCCCGGACGGCGUGCCGCCCAACGGCACGGCCAUGGUGGAGGGGACCAAAGUGAGGAGCCUGCCCUACAACUCGACGGUGGAGGUCGUGCUCCAGAACCCGACCGCCUUCCCGUCGGAGAACCACCCCAUCCACCUCCACGGCUUCAACUUCUUCGUGCUGGCGCAGGGGCUCGGCACCUUCACCCCGGGCAACACCAGCGCCUACAACCUCGUCGACCCCGUGGCCCGCAACACCAUCGCCGUGCCCACCGGGGGCUGGGCCGUCAUCCGAUUCGUCGCCAACAACCCAGGCAUGUGGUUUUUUCACUGCCACCUGGACGCGCACGUCCCGAUGGGGCUCGGGAUGGUGUUCGCGGUGGAGAACGGGACGACGGCCGACUCCAUGCUGCCUCCGCCGCCGGCGGAUCUGCCCGUGUGCUAGAGCACGCAAGUUUCCAGCGCGACUUCAUCAUGGUCUUGCCUGCAAAUUUACAGAAUUAAUUGUUCUUUGUGUGUGUAAAAAAAACGACGAAGCGUAUACGUGUGCAGGACCGUUCGUUGAUUUGCCGCGUGUGUUUAUGGUGAACGUGUACAUGGAUUGGGUUUGGUGUAACAACGUUCUCUUUCUUUGGUGUAAAUACCAAAUGAUUCGAUUUCA